AUGUAUAAGAAAAGGAGCUAUGGAGAAUGUUAUCACUGUGGAGAAAAAGGACAUUGGGUCCCAGAGUGUCCCUUGCGAAAUGGAGAAAAAACUAACCAAGAAGAAAACAAAGACACCAGUAAAGACAUCAGUCAAGACACCAGUCAAGACAUCUGUUACAACUGUCAACAGCGAGGACAUUGGGCCAGUAACUGUCAAGAACCAAAACGCAAACAACCCAGAAAAGGAAAAUGUUAUCAAUGUAAACAAGAAGGACACUGGAAAUCCGAAUGUCCUCAAAAGAAAAUCAUCGACAACCAAGGAGAAAACUCAGAAGAAACUCAAGUUAACAAAGGUUCCACCUCUGAAGAUAACCUCCACAGACAUGCCGCUGAAGAUAACCUCAACAAUCAUUCCACUGAAGACAACCACAACAAACGUCCCUCAGAAGGAAACCACCGAUGCCUCAACUGCCACCAACUCGGACAUGGAUUGUUUCAUUGUGGACAGCCCAUUGAAACCAGAGUCACCUUCGACGAUCUCACAAACACUUUGUUCAACAAACGAGGCUCCUUGUAUAACGCCAGAAUACAAAGAUAUUGGUACUGGUGUGGAGAAGCUGCCGAAUAUUUCCGAAGAUACCAAAGUUCCAAGUAUUGA